AUGUCUUCCUCUAGUCUUCGCCAAGGAUUGCAGUCUUGUCUCGAACCCCGCGUGAUGGAGCCACGUGUGCUCAGCCUCAAACUCGCACUACAACAAGGAUCCAAUUUUUCUCAACCCUCUCCCACCACUACCAACAACAACAACACCAACACAAACACAGUUUCACUUUCGUCUCUCUCUGACUCCCUAGAAAAACCACUCACCAACUACGAAUGUGAUGAAAACGACUCAGAAUCUAAAGAUGGUAGCAGCUGGAGUAUCCUUCAAACUCUCUCACUCUCUUCCCACUGUCCCGACAAAACAGAGGACGCUGUCUACGUCCCCCCUGCUGUUAAACGCUCCUCCUCAUUUCUCAGUGACAAAAGCUUGGAAAUGUGCACCGAAAGCCUCGGCAGCGAGACCGGUAGCAAUGCUGGCGAAAGAACCGAUGACAUCUCUUUGUUCUCUUUUGACACCAGCACAUGUUUCACCAGCAAUACUACUACUACUACUACUGAUAUUACUACUGCUGUUACAAGUUGCAAGUCCAAAAGGGUGAACCGUGCUUCCAAGUUUCCACCGCCACUUACCACAAUUUCUGACUUGGGUGGCGUUCAAGUCCGGCCUCGUCGCGAAGGAGGAAGGCUGAUAUUGCAAGCUGUGGCUUCUCCUUCGAAUCGCCCUUAUUUUCGCGCUGAGCGCGAAGAUGGUAGGCUUAGGCUGUGUUUGUAUGAGAGGUUUUCGGAUAGCGAAGAUGAAGUUUGUGAUGAUGAGGAAGGUGUUGAAGAGCAAGAAGAAGAAAAUGAAUAUGAGGAAAACAGAGAAGAAGAGUGUGGUGCGGAGGAUAGUGGGACAGAUGAGGAGUCUGUUGAGAACGUGGAGGAUGAGAUGGGAGUGAAAAAGUUUUCCAGACCAAGCAGUUGCAAGGAAAGUGGGAAAAGAGAUAUUUUUGGUGAUGUCUUGGCUAAUUUGAGCUUCCCUCUCUAUCUCUCUGUCUCUGAAUAG